UCCAAAUUGUGGUUUAAUCAUUGCCUAACCUGUUGAUCCAUUUGAUGAUCAGUGUUUAAAGUAACAACAUCAAAACAAUAGUAUUAAUUUUUUUAGUUCACCUUUGAGUUGACCUUUAAUUUUGUUUCUCUUUAAUUAUGUUGGGCUUUAUUGAUUCAGCGGAUUCUCACUUGAUGAGUACCCGAUCUUGUGGUGCUUGUAGUUUACAUUCCAGCCAUCGACAUGCACUGGAAGAGAUCAGAAAAGUGCCCAUCAGUAAGCGACAGAUUUUAUGUUUGAUCGCCUUGGCCUAUGGUAACUUUUGUGUCGCCGCGUGUGUUUCCCUUCAAGCUCCGUUUUUCCCCGCCGAAUGUGACAACAAAGGUGUUUCGUCUCAAGUCUACGGCCUGAUUUUUGGAAUCUAUGAGUUGGUCAUAUUGACUGCAAGUCCGAUUUUCGGCAAAAUGUUCGCUUAUGUUUCUCCCAAUUUCUUCCUCGAAUCUGGUCUUUUUCUCGCCGGUAUCACCACGGUGCUUUUCGGAAUUCUGGACAGAAUAGCCGAUUCCCUGCAGUUCACCGUUUUGGCUUUUUCUCUGAGAAUCUUUGAAGGUGCUGGAGCAGCGGCAUUUCUCACCUCAUGUUACACCAUCAUGCCAUUAGAAUUUCCUGAUCAUAUUUCAUUUCUUUUCGCUCUCUUGGAGACCUUUUUUGGUCUUGGACUAAUCGUCGGUCCAACGGUUGGUGGAGCUCUUUUUGAGGUCGGUGGCUACAUUACGCCCUUUGCUGUGUUGGGAACCUGUAUGAUUCUGGGCAGUUUAGUUAGCAUAAUCUUGUUGCCCAAAUCAGGUGGUGUCACCCAAAGUAAAUCGCCGAGUGUGUUUGCCUUUCUUUGUGACAUUGGUACUCUUCUGGAUGUCCUGACAAUCGCUGGUUGUUUGAAUUUGAUCGGUUUCAACGCAGCGACACUUGAACACCAUUUAAGACAAUUUAACCUUUCGCCAACAAAAAUUGGGUCUAUUUUCAUCAUAACGGGAUCCGUUUACGCUUUGACCAAUCCUUUGUGGGGUAAAUUGGGUGAAUACAAGUUUGAUGCUCGAUGGAUGUCGAUCCUUGGAACGGCGAUUAACAUUGUCGGUUUAUUGUUCAUGGGACCAGCUGAUUUUCUACCAAUCGAACCUCAACUUUGGCUUGUAAUUGUCUCUCUCAUCAUCGUCGGAAUUGGAAUGGCUGCUAAGCAGGUUAGCGCUUACAUCGCUUGUCUGAACGACACAAUUAACCGAAGAGGUUAUCCAAACGAGACAUCAACUUAUGCUCUGGUUUCGGCUACAAAUUUCUCAUCCUGUUCGGCUGGAGCAUUUCUUGGACCAUCAGUCGGUGGUUAUCUUUUAGGAACCAUCGGUUAUCGAGCAUCGACUCAGGUCAUCCUUGGAUUCGAAAUAUUAACGCUAAUCCUUCUCGUACUUUAUAAACUCUGCGGAUCUUAAUCAGGUGGUUGAACCAUAAUCUUAACAUUUUGUAAUUUAACUUAAUUCAAAUUUAAGAGGAAAAUCAAUUUAAAAAAUCUCUUGAAUUAUUUAAUCAUUUUAUUUACUUUAUCUUUUAUUUUUAUUCUAUUAAAUUAUUUUUUUAUUGUAAUUUUACUUAACUAAUAUAAUAAACUAUUCAUAAAAAUGUUACAAAUCAAAA